AAUUCUCUGCUGUACAUAUAAUAAAUAUUUUCAUGUGGAAAUAUUAUUACUUGAGUAAUAUAUUUAAUUAAAGUUCUAUGUUUUUUACAAACUUUAGUUAGAUAUUCAUAAUUUAACGAACUGUUGAUUGGUUAGUAUAAGGAAUAUUUAUCAUUGAAGUAAAAAACAAAGUCGUGACAAAUUUUGGAUGUGAAAUAAAAUGAAGUGAUAUAUAAUAAUGAUGAUUCAUGUAUAGUUCUUAUAUAUUUAUGUAUUUAUAUUGAGUAUUGCUGAUUGUGUUUUAUUUAUGGCUUAGUUUAUGAAAUAAUUUUCUUUUUUUAUUUUAUUGUUUCUAUGCGAAUAGAACGUAUAAAAUUCAUGCAAAAUUUUAUUUUUGUAGACUGAUUAUGUUCAAUACCUAUUUGAAUUAUAUCAAUAACGAUAUGUGUCUAAUAAAUAUUUCCAACAUCAAUUAAAGUGAUAUAUAUAUAUAUAAAACAUCUUAAAAUGGAGUUACCAUUUGAGCUUCCACCAAUCUGGCCUGAAAUAAACACUGAAUUAAAGGAAUAUAUAGAAUGCCCCGAAAGGCUUCCAAUACAUCAACUCGAUCAUGCUCAAUGUUAUUGGCCCAGAGAACCUGAUAUUCGUUCUUUAUUAGAAUUUGAUUUAGCACCACUUAGCACAACAUUAAAAUUUGAUCGUGAUCCAGUGACGGGUCAUGUUGGACAAAUGCAAGAAGUUGUUUUAAAAGGAGUAGGAGAAAAUGCAAGAAAUUCAAUGUCUAUGAAACGUUCGCCUGGAUCUAUUAUGGAUGAUGUUAGAGGUAGUACUACUAAUAUACCAUUUUUGCCCGGCGGAUUUGAUGAACCUACUAUAACAGAUGAGAUGACAGAAGAUAUUGAUUUUGAGAGGAAUUUAAGGACAUUAGCAAUAGGAUUUAGUUCUGGUGUAGAAUUUGAAGCUGAUAAUUGUACACCAAAGCAGGGAUCAAUAUAUAGACCAAUUCAAAUAUCAGAAGCAAAAGGAGAAGAUGAAGAUGAUAUAACAAGUAAAAUAAAUUUAAUGGCUCUUGUAGAACAAGAAGAACGUGAGCUUAGUUUCUGGUCAUCUGCGGAAGAAGUAGAAGAAAAUGAUGUACAGGAGCCUCCACAAAUACCUGCAUUAGAAGAUAUUCCAUUAUUACCAAUAGAACCAGAAAUACCAGUUUUAAAUAUUUCUGAAGAAUCAUCUAAAGUUGUUGAAAUGGAAUGGGCAGAACAAAUAGAUGUUUCUGUACCAAUAAUAGAUUAUGAGAAGAAAAUUCCUGAUCCAGCAAUAACAUUCGAAUAUGAAUUGGAUACUUUCCAAAAACAGGCUAUACUUAAGUUAGAAGAGAAUUGUAAUGUUUUUGUUGCAGCACACACAUCUGCAGGAAAAACUACUGUAGCUGAGUAUGCUAUUGCUUUAACUCAGAAGCAUAUGACACGGGUAAUUUAUACUUCUCCUAUAAAAGCACUGUCAAAUCAAAAAUAUCGUGAUUUUAAAAAGAAAUUUGAAAGUGUUGGAUUAAUAACAGGGGAUGUUCAAAUCAAUGAGAGUGCAUCUUGUCUGAUUAUGACUACAGAAAUAUUACAAUCAAUGAUAUAUGGAGCAUCAGAAGUUCUUAGAGAUUUAGAAUUUGUAAUAUUUGAUGAAGUACAUUAUAUUAAUAACGAGGAUCGGGGUCAUGUAUGGGAAGAAAUAGUGAUUCUUUUACCACAAACUGUCAAUAUAGUUAUGCUGUCAGCAACUGUGCCAAAACCAAUAAUAUUUGCAAAUUGGGUUGGUCGUAUCAAAAAACGGAAAAUGUACGUGAUCAACACUUUAAAGAGACCUAUACCAUUGCAACAUUAUUUAUAUACUCCUAUUAAUGACAAGGACAAAGGCACAUUAAUUUUAGUUCUUGAUUCAAAUGAAGAAUUUUCAUUGAAUGGAUGGCAUCAGGCAACAAAAAAUUUUCAAACUGUUAAAUGCGUACAAGAUAAAAGCAUUAAUUCAAAAGAUGUUAAAAGAAGGAAAUUUUCUGCAAAAGAAGAAAUGAUAUUAUGGAAGAAUUUUAUAAAUUACUUGAAGCAUAAUGAUAAAUUGCCUGUUGUUGUAUUUACAUUGUCUAGAAGACGUUGUGAUAUUAACGCAAGCAGAUUAAUGAAUAUUCAACUAACUACAGCAACUGAAAAAAUGGAAGUAAAACGCUUUUUUCAGCAUAUUAUGAAAUAUUUGAAAGGUAGUGAUAAGCAAUUACCACAGGUUUGUAUGAUGCAAACUCUUUUAGAAAACGGUAUUGGUAUACAUCACAGUGGUAUAUUGCCUAUUUUAAAGGAAACUGUAGAGAUGCUUUUCCAAACCGGUGUUGUUAAGUUAUUAUUUGCAACUGAAACAUUUGCUAUGGGAGUGAAUAUGCCAGCACGGACAGUGGCAUUUGAUUCGAUAAACAAGUAUGAUGGUAAUGGAUUUCGUACUUUUUAUCCUACCGAAUACAUCCAAAUGGCUGGACGCGCUGGUCGAAGAGGUCAUGAUACAACUGGUACAGUUAUAAUAAUAUGUCAUAGAGAAAUUCCACACUUUAAUGAAUUAAUGCCUAUGAUGCAAGGUGAAGCAAGAACAUUGGAAUCACAAUUUAAAGUAACAUAUUCUAUGGUUUUAAAUUUGAGAAGAACAAACAAAUUAGUUACUGUAGAAGCAAUGAUGCGCAGAUCAUUUAAAGAAUCAUGUCUAAUCUUAAAAGAAGAUAAAUAUCAAAUCGAUUUACGUAAAGUUGAAGAAAAAUUAGCAACAUUACCACCAUUCACAAAUAUACAAAAGAAAUUAUCGUGUUUCUAUGAAAUAGCGAUUAAUUAUUUACAAGAACUUCGUUAUUUGAAACCUUAUAUGUUUGAAUCUAAAAAAGCAAUAAAAAGUUUAACUAAGGGUAGAAUUUUAAUCAUAUCAUAUGCAAAUCAUUAUAGAAACUUAGCUGUACUACUGUCUGUACUUCCACGUAAACAAAAUGGAAAUCAAUAUAAAGUAUUAAUACUAAAAAAUGCAGAUGCACAAAAUGAUAACAAUGAUACAUCACUAGAAAAUUCUAGUAAAACUAACUCUAAAGAAAGAUCUGAAAAUUGGUAUAGCAUUAUUAGUCUAACCAAAAGAAAUUUAUUUGUACCAAAUGGAGUCCCAUCACAUGAAGUUUUAACGAUUUCUGCAUGGGACAUACUAGAAAUAACAAAUUGUCAAAUUAAAGUUGAUUGCGGUAUGGUAUUAAAAGAUUGGGAAAAAAGACAAAUAUCAAGAUUUAGGCAUGAUCUACCUGGCCCAACUUGUCAAACAGCCAUUCAAGAAUUAAUGGCAAUAUCUUUAAGUGCUGCUAAUGAUCAUAGUAUAUUAUUACCUUAUGUACCACUGAAAGUAACUGAAAAUCUAAAUCCCAGAAUGAAACAUUUAUGCAAGCAGAAACAAGCUCUUAACAGCAUGAAGUGUAUUGAUAUCCCUAACUUUGAAGAACAAUUUGAAGCUGUAUUUUAUCGAAAUGAAUUAGAAACAGAACGAAAAAAACUUCAACUAAGUCUUAGUGAUGAAGGAUUAUCUUUAUAUCCAGAUUAUAUAAAUAUGGUUUCACUUCUUAAACAUCUAGGAUAUAUAGACAGCGAUGAAAGAAUUGCCUUAAAAGGCAGAGUUGCAUUGCAAAUAGGAAUUAAUGAAUUACUUAUAACAGAGUUAAUUCUAAAAAAUAUUUUAACUAUUUUGCAACCAGCUGAAAUUGCUGCACUAUUAUCCGCUUUGAUAUUUCAUCAAAAAUCAAAUUCCGAAUCGACAUUUCCAGUUGAUUUCCAUCAUUUGAGAAAGGAAUAUGAAAUCAUGCAAAACGUAUACGCUGAGUUACAACAAUUAGAACAAAUUUAUCAUUUGAAUACACUACAACCAUUGAAUUUUGGUUUGGUGGAAGUUGUUUAUGAAUGGGCACAAUCAAAAUCAUUUGCUGAAAUAAUGCAGAAAAUUGAUGUGCAAGAAGGUAUCAUAGUUAGAUGCAUUCAACAACUUAAUGAGACCUUGCAAGAUGUAAGAAAUGCAGCUGUGACAAUUGGUGAUCCAGUUUUAAAAGAAAAGAUGGAAGAAGCAUCCACGGCAAUAAAACGUGAUAUAGUUUUUGCCGCAUCUUUAUAUACUCAAGAUUAAUUAUGGAGUAAAUUGUAAUUAUAAACUUACUAUUUUCAUGUUGGAAACAAAUAAUCAGACGUUAAUAAGUAAUAUUAAAUAUAAAGAUAACAAUUAAUUAUUGCAAAAUUUCAAAAACAAUCAAUAUGAAAAUAAAUUCGAUGAUAUUUUUUUAUAUGAAUAAGCAAUAUUCAAAUGCAUAAUAUAUUAAAUAUUGCAGAAUAAAUAUUGUCAAUUAAUAUUUUUUUUUUCUUUUUUUUUUGUAACAUACUCUCUUCCUACUAAGAUAAUCCUACUAAAAAUUUAUUGUUAUAUUUGAAUACUAUUAUAUUGAAAUAUAACACUGAAAUAUAAUUAUUAUAUUUGAAUUUAUAUUUGUAUAUAUAAAGUUUUAUACCUUUUUAAGUUGCAAAUUUACAAUCGAGAAAAUCCUUCAGUUUAAGUAGAAACAAAAAUAAUUAUGAUCUUAUGAACUUGAAAGUUUAAUUUAUAUUCUAAAGUUUUGAUUAGGAUAUAUUCGUAAGCAGCUUUGCAAUAACACAUUUCCGUUAACAUAUAUACUUAUAUAAAAUAUCAUAUAUUUUACUAUUUAAGUUACAAAGCACGUUGAUCUGUAUUAUUGAGAUUGCCUUGGCCUUUGUUUAAUUCAGAGAUACAUGCCCAUUGACCUUCUGAAUUUUCACGCCAAAGAGAAACUUUAUUAUCUCCACCACUAACUGCUAAAAUACCACCUGUUAAAGACCAACUAACAUUCCAAAUUACAUCAUCAAAAAUAUUAAGAACAUUUGAUGUCCAAUUCAAGUAAUCAUUUGAUGUCCAUAUAACUACACGACGAUCUUGAGAACAUGAAGCUAAGGUAGCUCUAGAAGGUCCAACUGCUGGGGCCCAUUCAACAUCACGUACCUACCAGGAAAGGUCAAAUUAAAAUAUAAUUUUUUCAAAUAAUUUUUUAUAUAUUAUAAAUUAAAUUUAAGAAUAUAAAUUUGUGAAUAAAAAUUGAGUUACCCAAUCA